AUGGACGCCGCUCAGCUGAACGAUCAGAUGAAAAUCACCCAGGGCCUGGACAACAAAGGCGUCGACGUUGACAAUGUCGAGAACCAAGUCCCCGCGGACCCCAACGCCCCCCGGGUCAUGAGCCCGGAGCGUCGAGUGGCCGUUGAGAAGAGCUUGAAGCGCAAGAUCGACACACGCUGCUCGCUCUUCGUGCUCAUCUACAUCAUGAACUACCUCGACAGAAACAACAUCGCGGCCGCUCGUCUCCGCGGUCUGCAGACUGACCUCAACCUCGACGACACGCAAUACGCCACCUGCCUGAGCAUUCUGUACGUCGGCUACAUUCUCAUGCAGGUCCCCUCCAACAUGAUCAUCAACAAGAUCUCGCGCCCGUCCUGGUACAUCGCCGCCGCCAUGCUCGUCUGGGGCCUCAUCUCGACCCUGUCCGGCGUCACCACCAACUUCGGCGGCAUGGUCGCCACCCGUUUCUUCCUGGGUUUCGUCGAGGCCGCUUUCCUGCCCGGUGCCCUGCUCAUCCUGUCCAAGUGGUACACCCGCCGCGAGCUCAGCACGCGCAACGCCAUCCUGUUCUGCGGCAACCUCAUCUCCAACGCCUUUUCCGCCCUCAUCGGCGCCGGUGUCCUGUCCAACAUGCAGGGCGUUCUCGGCCACGCCGCGUGGCGCUGGCUCUUCUGGAUCGAAGGUGCCAUCACCAUGGCCGUCGCCAUCUCCGCCGCCUUCAUCCUCCCCGACUUGCCCACCAACUCCAAGGGCUUCACCGAGGAGGAGCUGUACGUGGCUCAGCUUCGCAUGACGGAGGAUGUCGGCGAGGCCGAUGUCGACUCGGAUGACAUGGGCCCUAUGGACGGUCUGUACAUGGCCGUGAAGGACGUCAAGAUCUACGUCAUGAUGAUCACCUUCACCGCCUACGUCGUCGGUCUGUCGUUCAACGCCUUCUUCCCCACUCUCACCGGUACCCUUGGCUUCAGCUAUGUUCCGACCCUGCUCAUGAGCUCGCCCCCUUGGGCUUUCUCCUGCAUCGUCUCUCUUAUCAACGCCUGGCACGCCGAUCGUCAACAGGAGAGGUUCUGGCACAUUGUUGGUCCCAUCUGCGUCGGUCUCGUUGGUUUCGUCAUCUCCAUGUCGACCCUGAACGUUGCCGCCCGCUACGUCGCCCUCUUCCUUCAGGCCAGCUCCUACGCCGGCUUUAUCGUCUUCUACUCCUGGAUCUCCUCCUCUUUCCCCCGCCCCCCCGCCAAGCGUGCCGUCGCCAUCGCCAUGAUCAACGCCUUCUCGCAGCUGGGCAACAUCGCCGGCUCCUACGUCUGGGGUCUCAAGGACAACGGUUUCCGCAAGAGUUACGGAAUCGUCACCGCCAUGUUCGGAGCCACCAUCGUCGGCUGCUACGUCUUCAAGGUCAUCCUCGACAACCUCAACAAGAAGCUUGAGGAGGGCGAGCGCGCUUGGGAGGUCCACGGUGACGUCGCCCACCAGACGGCCGACAUCACCCACGGCGACGAGAUCGAGGCUGCCCGCCAGAUGGGCAAGGGCUUCAGAUACCUGGUCUAA